CUGACAUGAUUUAGAUUUUCUCUUCAACUUACUUCCCUUCACUCACUUACAAUUACACCGUUUCAGUAGAGCAAUGCACAAAAGCAGGACUGUAACCCCACACUACGUUUCACUCAAACGCUGAACCGCACAGACAACAAAGAUACAAGACGACCCAGGUGGACAUUGAAGAUAUUCUGGCAUGCGUUAGGUUUGCUCUUUCAGGAGCACCAGGUGUAGCUGCUGUCUCAGACGGUUCUGCCUCGGGAGAAGGUGAUUCAGCUGCCACGUCCAGUUCAGGUGGACGUCACACGCUGAACAUCAGAGCGAGGAAUAAAGGGCCGCUGUCUCACGUCUGAGUGCUGUGAUCAUCAUGGACGACUUGCAAAGAGAGCUCGGGGCCCUUGAAGACUUAGAGGACGACAACGAUUCCUCAGACGACGACUCUUCAAAGAGGAAAAAAUCAAAAUCAAAUCUCCCUGUGGUUUAUCCCAUGUGUGCAGAGACACCGAGGGAAACUGGGUUUCACCAGAGUACCAGAGCCUGUCUGGAGAUGAUCAGGGAAGCCCUGCUGCAUCAUAGAUGGCAAGAGGCAGCAGAAUAUAUGGCAUGUUAUCCACAACUGUUAGAGGACCCAACAAAUGGCAAAUUUCAGCAGUAUAAGGAGCUCAUUUGGAGAUUCAGCGCUGAGAUCCUUCACCAUCACCCCAAGUCAAAGAUGGAGGACUACAACAACAUCUAUGAACGGAUGAAACAUUCAGGAGUUAAACAUUUCCUGAUGAUCUCUCUGGAACAUUCAUUCCACCUGCUGCAUCAUGGUCACAUUGAGGAUGCAAAGCAUCAGCUGUCUGUCGCUGAAAGUUGGAGGUACGGGAAGGAGUCAGCAGCUCAGUAUCAGAGGACUAAACUGAUCCACGCCUACAGGAGUUUACUGGAUUAUCUGAUUUGGUGUGACAAGAAGUAUACCUACUCCAACAAAACUGUUUCAGAGAAUCCAGACAGUGUUGACAACCAAGACAUGCUAAACUACUUCAGACAGGCCUCUCUGAAUCUAAAGGAGAUUUUAAAAAUACCUGGCGUCUGGGAUCCCUUCAUACUGAGUUACGUUGAGAUGCUGGAGUUCUAUGAGAAUCAUGAGGAGGCUUUAAAAGUCUUGACUGAUUACGCAAAUGAUGAAGGCUUCCCACCCAAUCCCAACGCGCAAGUCUAUUUGUACCAAUACUUAAAGCGGCGAAGUGCUUCAGGAAGAAAACUGAUGAAAGUAUUGAAGAAUCUCCAUUUAAUAGUCCCAAGCCAUGAGUUGAUGCCCGAGUACAGCGCUAUGCUGCUUCAGUCAGAGAAAAACACAAACAUCCAGAAAGCUUUAGGAGUCGUUCUGGACUUGCUGGACUUCGCCUGCUGGAGGAGCAACCUGGAUGUGUGGAAGCUUUUAAAGGCUAUUAUUCAAAAACUACAGUUACAAGAAGACUGGAGGGACCGUGUUGCUGAAAAAAUGGCCGCAAGAAAAGACUGGUGGCCGGCGCUGCACUUCACGAGGUUCCACGCCAGCAAAGACUCCGAGGAGAACCCCGAGCUCAUGGGAGUGAAGGCAUCCCUGACAAAAGUCCUUUGCCCGGACCUAACGCUCAAAUACACAGCCUGGCCGGUAACCAGUGUAGAGGGAAGGUGAGAGAAGAACUCAAAGAGGAAAUCAACAUCCGUCUUUAAUCCUCAACCAAGAUCGGAGCUGAGAUGCUCUUGGAAUGGAGAAACAACAGAAACACCCAGCGAAGGCAAAGACCUUUGUUUUUCCUGGAAAUAUAUUGUUUAUCCUGGAAAUAUCUCAUUUAAGUAAUAAAAUAUUAUUUAGCUUCACUGACAUACACAUGAUACCAAAUGAACUUCCAUACGAUUUACCUUGUUCCAUUAUGUUAGUUAAUGGUGCCUUGAGGUUUUUUUCUUCUUCAUUAUCAAGGCACAGGAUACAUUGUCCACUAUGUGGAGCUCUUGUUCAGUAUUUCUUUUGCAUCUGAAGGGUAUGACCACUUGAUGUUGGCAGUGUGGCUCUGAAUGUCAGUGUUCAUGUUGGUUUGAUGGUGCUUUCUGUAAAAAUGUAAUGUAAGCAGAGCCUCAUUCUGACCUCAGCUGACCUUUAACCACUGUUUGGAGGGGCUAUAGGUCUCAACACACUCCGAGGGAUAUUCUCUUUGUCAAGUCUAUGGCCGGCCAGAAGAAUCAACACAGAGCUUUCAGCAGCAUAAUGUCCAUAUACGUUAGAGUGGGACAGACAGGUGGUUGUAUUUGACACACAGUAGAUGCAGCACUGCCAAUAUUGAUUUUCACAAAGAGGCUUGAAUAUUUUGCAUCUCAGAAAUAAAGAAUUGCAUCCAG